CUGACCAGUGUGAGAUGUGGAGAAGGACAAAAGCUUCCUAAAAACCCAGAAAGGAUUGAUUUCUACCCCUCUGUCCUGGGCUCUGAGGGCUUUAACUCAGGGACUCACAGCUGGGAUGUUGAGGUUGGAAGCAGUCCGGUCUGGGCAGUGGGAGUGUUAGCGGAGUCUGUCCUGAAUAACGUAGACAGACUGUCUGGAUUAUUCAGAAUUGUGUUCUGUGAUGGUGAGUACACAGCGGACUCUGAUCCAGAUCACCCCACUGUUCUCCCAAUAACAAAGAAGUUCCAGAGGAUCAGAGUCAAACUGGACUGGAACAGAAAAAAGCUGUCAUUCUCUGAUGCAGAUACUGACACACACAUACACACCUUUACACACCCCUUUACUGAGAGGCUGUUUCCGUACUUUAACACUGUAAAUACACACCCACUGAAGGUUAUCAAACUUCCUGUCUUUGUGGGAGUAAGACAGUAGACAGAGAGAUGAUAUGGAUGAUGAUUAUGUGAGUGGUGAUGUGCAUAUUUUCCUAUUGUUUCUUGUUAAGGCAUUUCAGUAAUGCUGUUUUAGACGUACAGUAACUUUAUCAGUGUGAACAUCGCCUGGGUUUAGCCUGUCUCACAGCAGCGCAUUUGACACAGUUGGUGUAAUCUUAGUCUAAAAAUAGAAAAUGGGCAGUUGGUCCUGUGAAACCAGUCACCAAACCAUAUGCUGUUACUGAAAAUGUUAACCUUAUCUAGCCAGUACAAAGUGAAGGCCUUCCCUUACCUAAACUAGGGUGAACAUGCACCCAUGAAGUUGCUUUUUUAUUGUUGUUUUUUUGCAAACUGGGUCUUUUUUAUUAUAGUUUCAUCCAUCAUUUUUAUCAGUUGUAGGUAACAUUUUACGUAGGAUCUAAGAAGAGCAAGAUGAUCGCACAUUAAAAAAUAAUUGUAACAUUUUCCUUGUAUCUUCCAAAUGUUUGGUAAAACUGGGGUUAAACAUGACAUGGGUUAUAAAAAUCAACAUUUUCUUUUGUUUCUAUUUAUUUCUUUUAUUACUCUAUAUUUUAUUCUUUGUUGUAU